AUGAUGAUGUAUUAUUUGCUCGUCUUUGGCAUUGUUCGUGGUGCUGUGCAGAAGCUCAAGAGCCUGGAGCGACUGCGCCUUCGAAGGAUCAGCAACAAGGCUGUGUAUCGAAGUCCAUCUACAGCGCUACAAGCAACAUCCAGAGAUGAAGAGCUACGAGAGUAUUUAUGUCUGCGGGAGUACUUCAUCCACAAAGUCCUGCUCUGGAGAUACAGCCGUCCCAGGAUCUACGCCAAUCUGAAAGCCAAGCUGGGCAUUUCUCCUGAUGCUCCGGAGGCGACCGUAGAAGAGAAAGAGCUGAUCGACAAACAGAUCAAAGAGAUGAUGGACGACUGCUUUGCCUUCAGCUCUUAUCUGGCAUUGAACGUCGAGAAGGGGGUCAAGGACUCCAUCGAGCUGCAUGCUGGCACGUGGAUUGCCAUCAUCAUUCUUUUCAGCGCGCUGGCGACGCUGUACAGGUUCGCGCAAGUGAACAUUCUCGACAUGAUGCCACUUUUCGUCGCGCUGGCACUGCUGCUGCUGCUACUCAUGGUCUUGCUGACCAAGUGGCGGCUCCGCGCCAUCCAGGAGCACAGCCAGAGUUGGUUGCAGGAUGCUCUGAACUUCCCAUCGGAGUCGACAGACGGCCGCUCAGGCGUACGUACUCGCACGGUCAUCCCCAGAGUGACAACAUUAUCAGCAUCACCAUCAAACUUCGGCACUCCGGCUGAGGAAAGUGUGAUCGGCGCCACCCUGAAGGGACGGGGCCGAUUUUCCCCUGAGAUGUAUAUCAAUCGUUUCCUGCAGAUAUUCCUGUUUGUGAUCUCCUACACGUUCUCACGGUCUGUCGUCGAGUUCAACGCAUGGACGAGGCACUUCGAGUUUACGCUUCUACUCGCUGCCGGAUUUGUGAUCCUCUACCUGCUACUUCUGUAUCUGCUGCCAUCCUAUGUGCCUGUGUUCUUGCAGCUGAUGGCGCUUCCUCCGUUUCUAGAUGAUGACAACUUGAAAGUGUUUCUCAGCGUAUUGGACGAUGAUUUUGCAUUGAGAUAUGUUGUGCAUGACGAGCACUCCAGCAGACGUCGAGCAAGCACCUCUUCAAUGCAAGGAGCUUCUCCACACGUCGUCAGGCGUCGAGCGAGCAGCUCGUCUUCCCUGGCAGGAGCUUCUUCUUCAUCAGCGGCAUUUCGAUUGCCCAGGGCGGCUUCUGGUCACAUGACGGCGCGGAAUGAUACCCUGGUCGUCGUUUCAGAGCUCGUCAGCAUCCUUGAGUCUUGUGACGAUGUGCGCGAUCUUCGCGGACUGCGCGAGAUUCUGCGGCGCCAGCUGCCAGAAGAUGUCUCUCUGCCAGCAGCGUCCCCGUCCCCACCGGCGGAUGUGGACGUUCCAAUUACUGUGGAGAGGGCGUGA